AUGGCGUGGACCGACGCCGCCACGUACUUCGACGGCUGCGGCGUCGUGUUCCUCUCGCAGCAGCCGAUGUACGACUACCGCGUGCGUGGCGACUUCGAGGGCGUCCACCCAAGUGUCGUGCUUGUGGUGCGCGCGGUCGAGCGCGUCGAGGUGGUGCUGACACUCACACAGAAGGACAAGCGCGGUGUGCCCAUCACCGAGCCAGACGCGAAGCUCUCGCCAAUGCUGCUCUGCGUCUCGCGCGGUGACGGCAACAAGCAGCGCAUCGACUGCUGCAGUGGCAGCGACCCGGAGACCACAAGUGACGAGUACAACUUCGUCGUGGCGCGCGAGGUCGGCCUGCGGUACAUCUUUGAGCCCAGCGACGCACCGUACUUCGUCGUCCCACGCAUCCACCGCAAGGGCACGACAGAUGUCCGGCAGAAGGAGUUCGUCCUCGGUGUCCGCGCCGCGACGCCGCUCGACGGCAAGCUGGAUGUGCAGUUCACAAAGCUUGACAGGAACAGCCGCGUCUUCGCGAAUCGCGUGUCGUUUGUCGUUGAGGACACGACGGAGGUGAUCCGGCCGUUCCAAACGAAGGCGCCGGGGGAGGCGGUGGUGACGGACGCCGGCAGCAAGCUGUCGCAGGCGCAGCUCCCCACGCCGGCCGCGCAAGAUGAGGAGGAGGAGCAGCAGCAGGAGGAGGAGGAGGCGUCAGGGCCCGUCAAGGCGGACGACGCGGUUGAGGAGCCGCAAGACAACGGGGACGCCGCAGACGAGUGGCAUGAGCUGAGCGUGCAGAAGCAGGAGGCGAAGAUGAACGGCAACGGCGUCACCGACGAUAUUGAGAACGGCGCGGCGGAUGAGGAAAAUGAGAACAAGGAAAUGUGA